UUUUUCCUCAGUUCUAUGACCUUCAAUUUAGCAUGGGACCCACAAGGUAACCGGCUGCUGACAGCAACAGAUUUUUUACAAUUAUGGGCCCCUCCGCCUAGUGAUACCCUUGAAGAAGAGGAGGAGGAGGAAGAUGUCAAAGAAGAUAAAGUUCAUCCUGUUCUAAAUGACUGGAAAUGUGUCUGGCAAUGCAAGACAGCGGUGUCUGUGCAUCUGAUGGAGUGGUCACCAGACGGUGAAUAUUUUGCAACAGCCGGUAAGGACGAUUGUCUUUUAAAAGUCUGGUACCCGAUGGCUGGCUGGAAGUCAUCUCUCCUGCCCCAAGAGGGGGAAGAGCAAAAGAAGAUCUCUGCACUGGUUCACUUUGCCUUUGUGUACUUGGCACAUCCCCGAGCAGUGACUGGAUUUUCAUGGCGAAACACCAGCAAGUUUAUGCCCAGGGGCUCGGUUUGCAACGUGCUGCUUACUUCGUGCCUCGACGGCAUUUGCCGGCUGUGGGCGGAGACUCUGUUGCCAGAAGACAGUCUUUUGGGGGAGCAGAUCUGUGAGACCAGCACGUCCAGCAUUAGCACCAGCAGUAGCAUCUCUCAUUCCGGGAGACACAAAGACAACAUUCAACAUGCUUUGGAGACCAUUCACCACUUGAAAAAUAUGAGAAAGGGGCAGCGAAGAUCUUCCGUCCUCAUCACACACACGGAAGAUUUGGCUAACCAGCUGGGGACGCACGAAGUCCAGCGGCACAUUUCGCACCACGCAAACGCCCUCUGCCAUUUCCAUAUUGCUGCGAGCAUUAAUCCCGCCACAGACAUCCCACCAGCUUUGGUUAAGACAGCUUUCAGUGUCGAUGAAGGAAACGAAGGCUUCGUUGUUCACUGGCUGAACAAUAAAGAGUUCUAUUUUACAUCCUGCACUGAGAUAUUUAUGCAACACCUUCGGCAACUCACCGACGAGCAGAUGAGAAACGUAGAGGAGGAUGUGGAAGAUCUGGAUGAGCUGGAAGAGAAGGAGAGGGGUUUGCACAUGAAACUUGACCAUGAGUUGUCUCUCGAUAGAGAAUCUGAGACAGGGACAGGAACCGGUUCUUCAGAACACGAAGAUGGGGAGAGAGAGGGGAGCCCCAAGAUUCUUUCGCCAGCUGCCUUGCCCGUUCCGCUUCCCACCGUACUGCUGGACCAUAAGAUAGAAAUGCUCCUGAAAGAGUGGAACAAGAAUCCAGACAUGCUGUUCACCAUCCACCCCAUCGAUGGUACCUUCCUAGUGUGGCAUGUGAAAUAUUUGGAUGAAUACAACCCUGGGAUCUUUAGACAAGUUCAGGUUUCGUUUUCUUCUCAGAUUCCAGUGGCGUUUCCAUCAGGAGACGCGAGCUCCCUUAGUAAAAAUAUCAUGAUGUAUGCCUGUACUACCUCCGCGAAAGAAAUCAGUAACGCCCCGCCACAGAGGAGAUCCAGGGUCUCUGAGGACAUGUCGGGAUGGAGACCAAGCGGUCCCCAGGACAGUUCGAGCGUAAACAUCACCGUUCCCACCGUCAUGAUGGUUUCCAAACACAUAGAUGGCUCCCUAAACCAGUGGGCCGUCUCCUUUGCAGACAAGUCUGCUUUCACGAUGGUGCAUACCGUCACUCACAAGUUUCGGUACUGCGGACACCGGUUUCAUCUCAACGACCUGGCCUGCCACUCGGUCCUCCCCCUGCUGUUAACAUCUUCCCACCACAAUGCUCUGCUGACCCCCGAAUCCGAUCAGCCCUGGGACUCGGACGGCCUAAACAAAAUGGUGGAUCCUAUGAGGCUUCUCAAAGGCUCUUCCAGGCAGCAGCUCCGGAACGCGGCCACUCGGACAUUCCACGAUCCAAACGCCAUCUACAGCGAACUGAUUCUGUGGCGCGUAGACCCCAUUGGCCCCCUGUCGUACACCGGAGGAGUGUCGGAGCUGGCGCGUAUCAAUUCUCUUCAUACCUCAGCUUUCUCUAACGUGGCCUGGCUUCCAACUCUGAUCCCCAGCUACUGUCUCGGUACCUACUGCAAUUCUGCCAGUGCUUGCUUUGUCGCCUCAGACGGCAGAAACCUGCGGUUAUACCAAGCUGUGGUGGACGCACGGAAACUGUUGGAUGAACUGAGUGACCCCGGAUCCUCCAAAUUAAUCGGCGAGGUGUUUAACAUUGUGAGUCAGCAAUCAACAGCUCGACCAGGGUGCAUUAUCGAAUUAGAUAUCAUAACUGACCAGUGCGGGUCAAACACACAGUUACUUCAUGUCUUCCAAGAGGAUUUCAUUUUGGGAUACAAGCCACAUAAGGAAGAUAUCGAGAUAAAAGAAACAGAGAUAUUUUUCCAGCCAUCUAAAGGUUAUCGCCCACCACCCUUCUCCGAGAAGUUCUAUCUAGUAGUCAUCGAAAAAGACAGCAGCGGCUGCUCAGUCCUUCAUAUGUGGCACCUUCACCUGAGAUCUGUGCAAGCUUUUGUAGCAAAAUCUACUGAAGGUAGUUCGUCUGAAAACCAGCUGACUGUCCCUGGCCAAAAGACUGUGGACUCCUCCCCGGACACGUCCCCAGGUGCCACCCCCAUGCCACGUUCCUCAUCCGUUGCGAAUCUUCAGACGGCCAGUAAACUUAUUCUGAGCUCUUGCCUCGUGUACAGUCACCCAAUGGAUCUUCCUGCUGGCGUAGAAGUUAUAAGAGCGACUCCUUCUGCAGGGCACCUGAGCUCUUCAUCCAUCUACCCCGUCUGUCUCGCCCCUUAUUUGCUGGUGACUUCCUGUUCUGAUAAUAAAGUGCGGUUCUGGAAGUGUUCCAUAGAGACAGUGGUGAGCAGCAAAAACGGCACGAAGGAGACCUAUCACUGGAAGAAGUGGCCAUUAAUGAAUGACGAAAGAGACGAAGACAGCAGCAUGGUGUCGGUCGUGGGAAGGCCGGUUGCCGUCAGCUGUUCCUACACGGGGCGCUUGGCCGUGGCGUACAAGCAGCCCAUCCAGCACAACGGGUUUCUUUCCAAAGAGUUUUCUAUGCAUGUUUGUAUCUUUGAAUGCGAGUCGACUGGAGGAUCCGAGUGGGUGUUGGAGCAGACAGUUCACCUGGAUGAUUUGGUGAAAGUGGGGAGCGUCCUGGACUCGAGAGUUAGCGUGGAUAGUAAUUUAUUUGUGUACAGUAAAUCGGACGUGUUUUUGAACAAGGACAGGUACCUCUUGCCGAAUAUCAAGCAUCUGGUCCACUUGGACUGGGUUUCGAAGGAAGAUGGCUCACACAUCCUUACAGUCGGAGUGGGCGCCAACAUUUUCAUGUACGGGCGUCUCUCAGGAAUCGUGACAGAACAAACCAGCAGCAAGGAUGGUGUAGCUGUCAUUACUUUACCACUAGGUGGUAGCAUAAAACAAGGUAUCAAGUCCAAAUGGGUACUGCUGAGAUCGAUUGACCUGGUCUCCUCUGUGGAUGGUACCCCUUCCCUGCCCGUCUCUCUGUCUUGGGUAAGAGAUGGAAUAUUAGUAGUUGGGAUGGACUGUGAAAUGCAUGUCUAUGCACAGUGGAAGCAUGCCGUGAAAUCAGGAGAUGGGGGAAACAAUGCCUUUUUGGCCGACGAUUCGCCCACGCCAGAUCCAAUGAAAACAAGUCUGCUUGCAAAAAAGCCCAGUAUAAUCGACGGGGCUGGAAUUAUGGAUGACGUCUUUGGUACCCCCGCUGUGAUUCAAGACGGUGGCCUUUUUGAAGCCGCUCACGUCCUUUCUCCCACUCUCCCCCAGUAUCACCCAACCCAACUGCUAGAACUGAUGGAUCUGGGCAAAGUUCGCCGAGCAAAAGCCAUUCUUUCGCAUUUAGUGAAAUGUAUCGCCGGGGAAGUUGCAAUUGUUAAAGAUCCAGAGGCCGGAGAAGGGGGUUCCAAACGGCAUCUUUCCCGUACCAUCAGUGUCAGCGGCAGCACUGCUAAAGAUGCCAUCACCACCGGGAAAGACGGUACACGGGACUACACAGAGAUCGAUUCCAUUCCGCCACUGCCCUUAUACGCGCUCCUUUCGGCAGACCAGGAUUCCACGUACAAAACCGAGGAAGUCACCAAAGGGCCGCAAGUCUCAGAAGACCACGCGAAAAGGAAAACAGAGGACCAGUACUCAGACCUUUUCCAGGUUCAGCAAGUCACGACUGAUGACUUCAUUGACUUUGAGCCAGAAAGGAGAGAGCAUAGAUCCAAAGUAAUUAACCUGUCUCAGUAUGGGCCAACUUACUUUGGCCGAGAACACGCCAGUGUCCUUUCAAGCCAUCUAAUGCACUCCAGUCUGCCAGGACUCACCCGACUGGAACAGAUGUUCUUGGUCGCUUUGGCAGACACCGUGGCCACGACGAGCACUGAACUUGACGAAAACAGGGAGAAGCAUUACUCAGGGAGAGACACGCUAGAUGAGUGUGGCUUGCGGUAUUUGUUAGCGAUGCGUUUACAUACGUGUCUUCUGACAUCGCUCCCACCGCUGUACCGUGUUCAGCUGCUCCAUCAAGGUGUCUCCACGUGCCACUUUGCCUGGGCCUUCCACUCGGAGGCUGAGGAAGAGCUGAUCAACAUGAUCCCUGCCAUCCAACGAGGAGACCCUCAGUGGUCCGAGCUUCGAGCCAUGGGCAUAGGCUGGUGGGUCAGAAAUAUCAACACCCUUCGAAGGUGCAUGGAAAAGGUUGCAAAAGCAGCAUUCCAGAGGAACAACGACGCCUUGGACGCUGCACUCUUUUACCUUGCAAUGAAGAAGAAAGCUGUGGUGUGGGGUCUGUUUCGGUCUCAACACGAUGAGAAGAUGACACAGUUUUUCAGCCAUAAUUUCAGCGAAGAUCGAUGGCGCAAAGCAGCUUUGAAAAACGCUUUUGCCUUGUUGGGGAAACAGCGCUUUGAGCAGUCCGCCGCCUUUUUCUUAUUAGCAGGGUCAUUAAAAGAUGCUAUAGAGGUAUGCCUUGAGAAAAUGGAAGACAUCCAGUUAGCUAUGGUUAUUGCUCGUUUGUAUGAGUCUGAAUUUGAGAUCUCCUCCACCUACACAGCCAUCCUUUAUGAAAAGAUUUUGGGCUGUGAAAAAGACGGGACUGGGUUCAGGUGUACUAAGUUGCACCCCGAUCCUUUCCUGAGAAGCCUUGCGUACUGGGUCAUGAAAGAGUACACCCGAGCACUCGACACUUUACUAGAACAGACACCAAAGGAAGACGAUGAAAAUCCAGUCAUCAUCAAAUCAUGCAAUCCUGUGGUGUUCAGUUUCUACAACUACCUUCGUACCCACCCCUUGCUGAUCCGGAGAAAUUUUUGCUCACCCGAUGGGGCUUUGGCCACUGUAGGUUUACAGUCAGAGAAAAGCUUUGUGGAUAAAAUUAAUCUCAUUGAGAGGAAGCUUUUUUUCACCACUGCCAAUGCUCAUUUUAAAGUGGGUUGUCCCGUCUUAGCUCUUGAAGUCCUUUCCAAACUUCCCCAAAUAAGCCACAGGACCGUGCUUUCUGCCAAGAAAGAGGUAGCCAGCCCAAGUCCUGUUAUGCAGAAUGGUGUGAAAUUGGAGCCAAAGGCGUUGGGGGAAGGGAGCGCUGCACACUGGUCAGAGCCAUCAGCGGAGUCUGCGGACCUUAUCGACUGGAGCCAGCCAGCGAUAACGUUUGAGGAUGAACCUUUGAAACUUGAUUGGGACACAGAGAGAAGUGGUUCACAAGAAGAUGAAGAGGAGGAAGGCUUGCUAAUGAAGGAUUCAAAAUUGGAAGCCGAUGGUCAAAAGCAAGAUGAGAAAAGCCCAGAUGCCAAUCAAAGCCAGGAUGGGGACACAGAGGAAACAGAAGUCGAUGUGAUUGCCGAGCAGCUCAAGUUCAGAGCGUGUCUCAAAAUCCUCAUGACCGAACUGAGAACAUUGGCCACCGGUUACGAGGUCGACGGCGGGAAGCUCCGGUUCCAGCUUUACAACUGGCUGGAAAAAGAAAUUGCGGCUCUGCAUGAGAUCUCCAACCACGAAGCACGUGGCAAGGGCUAUGCAGAGGCCCGGAUCAAUGGAGACUUGCUCGAGCAUGAAGAAGCGGCAGAUAAGCCAGAGAUCGGCUCGUACGAGCGGCAUCAGAUCGAAAGACGCAGGCUGCAAGCCAAACGGGAACACGCUGAACGGCGGAAGUGGUGGCUGCAGAGGAAUCAGGCGCUCCUGAGGGUCUUCCUGAGCUACUGCAGCCUCCAUGGAGCGCAAGGGGGCGGCCUCGCAUCCGUGAGGAUGGAGCUGAAGUUUUUGUUGCAAGAAUCGCAGCAAGAGACGACCGUCAAGCAGCUUCAGUCCCCGCUUCCAUUGCCCACGACCCUGCCGUUACUCUCGGCAAGCAUCGCUUCCACCAAAACAGUGAUAGCCAACCCCGUGCUGUACUUAAACAACCACAUCCAUGACAUUCUUCACACGAUCGUGCAGAUGAAAACCCCUCCACAUCCCAACGUUGAAGAUGUCAAGGUGCACACGCUUUACUCGUUAGCGGCUUCACUUUCCGCAUCUAUUUACCAAGCAUUGUGUGACAGCCACAGCUAUAGCAGCCAAACAUUGACAAAUCAGUUUACCGGAAUGGUUUAUCAAGGACUGUUAUUAAGUGACCGUCGCAGAUUGAGGACAGAAAGCAUUGAAGAACACGCAACCCCAAAUUCUUUGCCUGCUCAGUGGCCUGGUGUGAGCUCACUUAUCAGUCUCCUAAAUACAGCCCAGGAUGAGGACCAACCCAAGUUAAAUGUCUUGCUGUGUGAAGCAGUCGUGGCGGUCUACUUGAGUCUGCUGACCCACGCUCUGGCCACUAAUUCGUGCAACGAAAUGUUUCGGCUGGCAGCCCAUCCCCUGAAUGGUCGCAUGUGGGCUGCUGUUUUCGGAGGAGGGGUGAAGCUUGUUGUGAAGCCGAGAAGGCAGUCCGAAAAUAUCCCAGCACCUCCAGUAGCUUCCGAAGAGAUGGAUAAGCAUCGCCGUCGAUUCAACAUGAGGAUGCUGGUGCCGGGGAGACCGGUGAAAGACAGUGCCGUACCUCCCCCCGUGCCUGCAGAAAGGCCAUCCUACAAAGAAAAAUUCAUCCCUCCAGAGCUCAGCAUGCUGGACUAUUUUGUUGCCAAGCCGUUCCUUCCUUUAUCUGACAGCGGGGUGAUCUACGAUUCCGAUGAAAGCAUUCAUAGCGAAGACGAAGAUGAGGAUGCCUUCCUAUCUGAUACUCAGAUCCUGGAGCACAAGGAUCCCAACUCGUACAGCUGGGCCCUUAUCCAUUUGGCAAUGGUAAAACUGGCACUGAACAAUAUUAAGACCUUUUUCCCUAUUACUGGUCUAGAAAUAUCUGAUCUUCCAGUCAAGUCGCCACUGGGAAUUGCCGUGAUUAAAAACUUGGAGAACUGGGAACAGAUCCUGCAGGAAAGAAUUGACCAGUUUGAAGGUCCGCCACCGAAUUACAUUAAUACUUAUUUCCCUGAGCUUGGAACAGGUGCCGGAGCAGCUGCCGCUCGAAUAAAAGCGAUGGUUGACCCUGAGAACACCCCAUUCAAAUCAAAAGAUUAUUCUGCGCUGCCGGCUAAGAGACUAUGGCAUUUUCUGGUGAAACAAGAAUUACUACAGGACACCUUUAUCCGGUACACCUUUGCCAAGAAAAGGAAGCAAAGCGAGGUGGAGGCAGAACUCGGCUACCCAGGGGGGAAAGCAAAAAUUAUACACAAGGAGUCGGAUAUGAUCAUGGCGUUUGCCAUCAAUAAGGCCAACGUCAACGAGAUCGUUUUAGCUUCUACUCACGACGUUCAGGAGCUGGAUGUGUCGGCCUUGUUGGCUGCUCAGUCAUACAUAUGGAUCGGGGAGGAAUAUGACCGUGAAUCCAAAAGUUCGGAUGACGUCGACUUCCGUGGCUCCACCACGACACUCACUCAGAGCACGGCGUCUUUUGGCAUGGCUCAGAUGCAACCGCCACCUUCUGUUUCGACUGCGUCUAUGCCGUGGUUAGGCAGUGGGCAGACCAGCACCGGAGCAGGCAUAUUGAUCAAACGGAACUUGAAUAACGUGAAAAGGAUGACUUCGCAUCCGGUCCAUCAAUAUUAUCUUACGGGAGCCCAGGACGGGAGCGUGCGAAUGUUCGAAUGGACGAGGCCACAGCAACUGGUGUGCUUCCGGCAAGCAGGCAACGCGAGAGUCACUCGAAUGUAUUUCAAUUCUCAGGGGAAUAAGUGUGGCGUGGCGGACGGAGAAGGAUUCUUAAGCAUAUGGCAAGUAAACCAAACGGCAACUAAUCCGAAACCUUAUCUGAGCUGGCAGUGCCACAGCAAAACCACAAGUGACUUUGCAUUCAUUACCUCUUCGAGUCUGGUGGCGACGUCUGGGCAGUCUAGUGACAACAGAAACGUGUGUUUAUGGGACACGUUGGUGUCACCAGCGAAUAGCCUCAUACACGGCUUCACGUGUCACGAUAACGGUGCUACAGUCCUUCAGUAUGCUCCAAAGCACCAGCUAUUGAUUUCCGGAGGCAGGAAAGGUUAUAUCUCCAUCUUCGAUAUCAGGCAGCGGCAAGUCCUUCACACCUUCCAGGCGCAUGACUCUGCUAUUAAGGCCCUUUCCCUGGACACCUCUGAAGAAUGUUUCUCUACGGGCUCGGCGGAAGGCAACAUGAAGGUGUGGAGGCUGACGGGCUACGGUUUGAUCCACUCCUUUAAACACGAGCACGCCAAGCAGUCCCUCUUCCGAAACCUGAGCGCCGGAGUCAUGCAAAUCGAAAUGGCGCACGGCAGUCGCAUCUUCUCCUGUGGAGCGGAUGGCACCCUAAAAAUGCGGGUGCUGCCAAACGCUUUCAGCCUCCCUUCCAGCCUUUGUGACAUGCUGUAGGCGUCGCGCUGCCACCCUCCCCGGCUUCAGCAGGUUUUUUUUUUAAACUAUAUAUUCCAGGGGAAAACAGCGUGAGGCUGGCCGUAGCUAGGGCUCCAGAAGGGACGCUGCCCGCACUUCGCUUCAGAGUCGUUCUGCAGUGUUUAACGCUAUAGUUGAAAUUGCAAAGAUGAGCCAUGUUUUGACUUUAAAAACAAAAAAA